AUGAACUUUAUUGGAAAUAACCAACUCGAAUCUGGUCUUCAUUUUCCAUGCAGGUAAAUUAUUUUUCUUCUCCCUUCACAUUUUACUUGAAACUGUAAAGUGUUCCAGUAAGUUGUACAAUUUCUCGAGAGAGACAAAAAGCGAAUCAAACUUUUUUUUUUCUUCUUUUUCGUAGUGUUUCGAAAAAAAAACGCAUCGAUUUUCCCGCUCUUUCCUUCCCCAUUAAAAGUGCGUUGUCUCUUUCUUUUUUCUCUAACUCUCUCUCACUCUCUCUCCCUCUCUCUCUCUCCUUGUGUAUAUUAUUACGCGUUGGCGUGGGUGCAAAACGCCUUUGUAUAGUAUAGUCCUGCAAAAUCAAUUUAUUUGCACAGUUUUUUGAAUAGUCAAUAUUUAUUUUCAUUUUAUUAGGCUUGUUGGUUCAUUUGAAUCUUUCAUUGCAUAUUUAGGUGCAAGUUUUAUUUUUUGUGAUAAGAUAAAAAUGCUGUCAGAUUUUGAUUUGCCAAAAAAUUUCCCUCAAUCACUUUUGAAUUAGAAAUGAAAUAGACAAAAUAAAGAAACAUUUUUAUCAACUGACAAUCAUAUGUCUGCGCAAUAUUUGCAUAAAACGUAUCAGUGAAAUUCACAUGCAUUUCUCGUGUUUCAUAUUAAUUUUAUUUUAUACUUUGACCUGCCCAUGAGAAGACAAAAACCUUUUUUUUGUACAUUAAUUUGCCCCACCCCACCCCAUCAAAGAUUCAUUCAUUCAUAUUUUGUAGUUUCUCAAAAAAAUCGCUUUCAUUUUUCCGUCAACUAAUUUCAUCUAUUUUUCAGCUCGGCAGCUCUGCUGUCUCAAGAGACACUACAACAACCACCGUUGCGUAAAUCAUCAUCAGCAAUUGAUUGGAACGGAGCAGUCGUUGAAGCAACACGUAAAGCAUCCAGGGUUCGCGAUAUGUUGUUUUCUAAAAAUUUCAGCCAAUUAGACAUAACUUCAAAGUGUACGUACUUCUCUCUCACUCUAACCGUAGUAAUGCAAACUUUCUAACCUGAAUUAAAUAUGAGAAAUAUGUCUAUUCAAAUUACCUUCAACAUUUUUCAGCAAUUCGAUUGGCAAACAGCGCUCUUCGAUAAUAGUAGAAAGAACAGCUUCUCAACUGUUCAUCACCAUCUUCCGAACCAAAUUUCGGAACAUCAAACAACUCCACUUAAAGGUGGUUUGGUUAUGAACGCAUUGGACAACCAACAAAAACAAUCGAAUCAAGGAAUGUCAGUUGUCGCCGCACAAAUGCCAGCACAACAAAACCAUUUUGCUCAACAACUCGCUGCGUCAGCCUCUUCUGCCGCAACAACAUCAGCACCAACUACAACAGCACCAGUUGUGCCUGAAAUUCAUCAAGAACGCUCAGCUGUAAGUAGAUCAAACUUUUCAUUAUUUUCAUGUCAUUCUUAUUCAAAUGUUUUUAGGCGAGCGGUAUGUUCGGAGGAAUGUUCCAUCGUGGAUUCUUCUCAAAACCAGUCGAAAGAACGGAAGAGGAAAACUAUCGUUAUUUGAUGGCUCUUGACCGAUAG